UUUGCCUUUAACCUGCGCCUGCGCAGUCCUGCGUGUCUGACCUUCAUAGGAGUAACCAUGUUCGCCAGAACCAGCGCGUUGGUGUUCUCCCCACAAUGUGGGCAGGUCAGGAACAUGGCUACCCUGAAGGACAUCACCAUUCGGUUGAAGUCCAUCAAGAAUAUCCAGAAAAUCACCAAGUCCAUGAAGAUGGUGGCCGCUGCCAAGUAUGCUCGUGCUGAGAGGAGCCUGAAGCCUGCCAGAGUGUACGGCUCUGGUGCUCUGGCCCUGUACGAGAAGGUUGACAUCAAAGCGCCGGAGGACAAGGCGGUCAAGCACUUGAUCGUCGGUGUGACAUCUGACCGUGGGCUCUGUGGUGCCAUCCACUCUGGUAUAGCCAAGGCCAUCAAGAGCGAGAUCAAUACCCUGACCAGCGCUGGCAAGGAGGUCAUGGUGGUCAAUGUGGGAGACAAGCUGAGAGGCCUGCUGCACAGAACUCAUGGGAAGCACAUCAUCCUCAACUGUAAGGAAGUCGGCCGUAAGCCCCCCAGCUUCGGCGAUGCCUCCAUCGUCGCCACCGAGCUGCUCAACUCUGGAUAUGAAUUUGACCAGGGCGCUGUGUUCUUCAACAGAUUCAGGUCUGUCAUCUCCUACAAGGCCGAACAGAAGCCUUUGUUUUCCACAGAGACAGUUGCUAACACAGAGAACCUGAGCAUCUAUGAUGACAUUGAUGCUGACGUGCUGAGGAACUACCAGGAGUUCGCUCUGGUCAACGUCAUCUACCUGGCCCUGAAGGAGGGCUCCACUGCUGAGCAGAGUGCCAGGAUGACCGCUAUGGACAGCGCCAGCAAGAACGCCUCUGAGAUGAUUGACAAGCUGACCCUCACCUUCAACCGUACCAGACAGGCUGUCAUCACCAAGGAGCUCAUUGAGAUCAUCUCUGGAGCUGCUGCUCUGAACUGAGGCUUGUUUUUAACAGAGGAGAUAAACGGGCAAGACCUUCGUUUCCAUUACCUUUAGCUCUUCAAAGUACUUCAGGCACGUGUUGUCCAGAGUCUAUGAACAUAUGUGCUUCUAUUUGUAAAAUAUAUGGAGAAAAUAAACCUCUUACACAACCUU